AUGAGAGGCCCUUGUGCGGAAUUGUUGCUUCUACUUGGCCUCCUCCUAUGUACUGCAACCACAAUUGGUUUCGCUUUGAAUAGUACUCAUAAUUCAGAAGUCAGAUGCAUGGAGAAAGAAAGACAAUCACUCCUCAAAUUCAAACAAGGCCUGAUGGAUGAUAAUGGCUUACUGUCUUCUUGGGGCAAUCACGAGGAAGAUUGUUGCAAAUGGGAAGGAGUUAAAUGCAGCAAUCGAACAGGUCAUGUUGUGAAGCUUGACCUUCGGGGAAAGCAUUUCUUCGGAGGCAGUAAAGUUCUUUCAGGUGAUAUAAGCUCUUCAUUACUUGGAUUGCAACAUUUGAUUUACUUGGACUUAAGUUCCAAUGAGUUUUCCAUAUUCUUCCCGGAGUUCAUUGGUUCACUCACUAAAUUACAAUAUCUGAAUCUCUCCUACAACACUAUUUCUGGAACCAUUCCACAGCAGCUUGGAAAUCUCACAAGUUUGAUUUCUCUUGAUCUCAGCUGGAACUAUUUUGGGCUGAUGGAGAACUACAAUCUUGAUUGGCUCCGUCAUCUCUCAUCUUUAAGAAACUUAAAUAUGUGCCAAGUGAACCUUAGCAAGGUAGCCAAUUGGCCGGAUAAGGUUGGCAUGCUACCUUCUUUGUUAGAUUUACGUUUAAGUUGUGAGCUCUCCAUGCCGACUCCUCAUGUGCUUUCCAAUGCUAAUUCUUCUUCACCACUUUCAUUCCUUGAUCUCUCUUUUAAUCUGCUCAACUCCUCAAUAUUCCCUUGGCUGCUCAAAUUCACCAAUAGCCUUGUCGUUCUUGACCUCCGUUUUAACGAGUUACAAGGUUCAAUUCCAAAAACUUUUGGGGAUAUGGUUGCUCUUGUUGAUGUUUACCUCUCUUUCAACAACCUCGAAGGCGUGAUGCCACAAACUUUGGAGAAUCUUCACAACUUGCAAGUAUUAGACUUGUCAAACAAUAACAUAAGUGGAGAGGUAAUCAAUCUUACAAAAUUCUCUUUCUUGAGAGAGUUAUAUCUAUCAAAAAAUCGGUUAAAUGGGAGUUUAACCAAAAGUGUGGCAGUACUUUCUAUGCUCCAAGUUCUUGAUGUGUCUUCAAAUUCUUUAGAAGGUAAUAUCACUGAAUCACAUUUUUCAAAUCUUUCCAACUUACACCAGGUGGAUUUCUCUUUCAAUUCUUUGUCAUUGAAGUUUAGUCCGGCCUGGGUUCCACCAUUUCAUUUGGAUGUCAUUAGAUUGGGCUCUUGCAAAUUGGGUCCAAAUUUUCCUCAAUGGCUUCACUCACAAAAGAAUUUUUCACAACUCGAUAUAUCUGAUUCAGGAAUUUCAGACACCAUCCCCAAUUGGUUUUGGGACCUUUCUUCCAAUAUACAAUUCUUAAAUCUCUCCCACAACCAAAUCACUGGCACCAUACCUCUUCAAUGGUUUUUGACAAGAUUUAUAGGUUCUCCUCUAAUAGAUUUGAGUUAUAACUUCCUCAGUGGUCCUUUGCCACAAUUUCAUUCAGAUUCAUCGAUGUUGAAUCUUUCCAAUAAUUUGUUCCAAGGAUCUAUUACAUCCAUAUGUGAGACAAAUGGGAAUUUGAGUUACCUUGAUCUUUCAAAUAACUUGUUAUCCGGAGAACUCCCAAACUGUUGGGGAAAUUUGAUAUUGCUAGCCAUGCUUAAUUUGGCAAACAAUAAUCUCUCUGGGAGAAUCCCGGACUCUAUAUGUGGUUCUAGAGAUUGGCUUCAGACAUUGCAUUUGCGUAACAAUAAUUUCAUCGGAGAAUUACCCAAGUCAUUGAUGAACUGCUCGUCAUUGGGGCUAAUAGAUCUUGGAGAAAACAGACUCUUUGGAAGGAUACCAAUGUGGAUAGGUACAAGCUUGCCAAAUUUGAUGGUUCUCCGCCUAUCAUCAAACUUGUUCGUGGGUCACAUUCCAUUUCAAUUAUGUCAUUUAACAUCUCUUCAAAUCUUGGAUCUCUCUGACAAUAGUAUUACUGGGACUAUACCAAAAUGCCUCAACAAUUUCACUGUCAUGACUCAAACACAAAGUUCACAUGUAAGCAUUGAUCAUACAUACUUUCCUUCUUCUAGGACCUCCUUUAUUAUCGAUUUUGACUACAUUGACAGCUUAUUGGUGACUUUCAAAGAAAAAUAUCUCGAGUAUAGUAAAACUCUUGGACUAGUAAAAGUCAUCGAUCUUUCGAGCAAUAAGUUAAAAGGAGAAAUUCCAAGAGAAAUAACAAGUCUCUCGGGAUUGAUUGGGUUGAACUUAUCUAGAAACUUGUUAACUGGCAUCAUCCCUCAAAAUAUUGGUGACAUGGAGAGAUUAGAGUCUUUAGACUUGUCGAGAAAUCACCUUUCAAGCAUAAUUCCCCCAAGCCUAGCUACUAUGAGUUUACUAAGCUACUUGAAUUUGGCAAACAACAACUUGUCAGGUAGAAUCCCAUCAGGUACCCAGCUUCAAAGCUUUAGUGCUUCUGCAUAUUCAGGUAACCGAGAUCUUUGUGGCUUGCCUCUUCCGAAAAGGUGUCCAGGAGAUGAAACAGCUCAAGUUCCUCAAACUGGUAGCAAACAAGGAGAAGACGAUAUUCAAGAACAUGCAAACUCCCACGAACAUCUAUGGUUUUAUACUAGCAUUGCACUCGGAUUCAUUGUUGGAUUUUGGGGUGUUUGUGGAUCAUUGUUAUUGAAGAGUUCUUGGAGGCAUGCCUAUUUCCAGUUCUUAGAGAGAAUAGGAGAUAAGCUCUAUGUAGCAAUAGCUAUCCGCAAGGCCAAAUUACUGAGAAAAUUCAAGACUCAAGGCUAA